AUGGCAUUUCAGAGGUCCCAUCCAAGGCAAAAAAGAACAUGUGAAGAAUAUAAAGCUGAGCUGAAGGAGGAGAACUAUCAUCUUCGUAGUGAAUUACAAACAGAAGUUAAUACUAAUUGUUGUAAUGAGAAACAGAUUAGGGAUCUGAAAUGUGAUUAUGAUCGCUGUGUACAAGAAAUCCAGACACUUAAUGGGGAGAUAGAGCGUCUUGGGAAUGCUUCGAAAGAAGAGAUAGUAGAGUUAAACGUUAAUCCUUUUCCUGAUACACUUACUAGGGAAGAAAUAAUGAGAGUGAUUGCAAAAGCUUAUGGGCCACCUCCUAAACUGCAAAAGCCAGAAAAGUUGCAAUCAUUCAGAAUCGAUAGAUUAGAAUCAAAAAUAGAUGAAAUUGAAGGAGUGGUAUUAGCUGUUAAACCCUUAAGCUUUUCAUCACUAUUAACUAGAUUUUUAAGAAGAGAAUCCAACCUGUCUUCUCGAAAUGUAUCAGACAAUUUAUCAGCAGAAGAGACCACAUCAUUUUUGUUAUUUUCCCCCAUACUGCUUGCUUCAGUAACCAGCUUCUCAUCUAUUUUAACCUUUUUUUUUCAACCAUUCUUUUUUGAAAUCUCUGUAGCUAGAAGGGGUAUAGAUGAUACUUCUGAUACUGCUUCAAGAGUCUGUCUUGUCUGA